AUGGAUGACUUACUCGCAUUCCUUUUAUGUGUCGUGGCAUUAAUGGAAAAUGUCAGUGGUAGAGCCCGAUUGAUUGAGCCACCCAUGAGAUCAAGUAUCUGGAGAUAUAAUAUUUAUAAUGUCCCCAAGAAUCUUAUGGAUGAUCAUUUGAAUUGUGGUGGGUUUGAGUAUCAAUGGACAGUUGCGAAUGGACGAUGCGGCUCUUGUGGAGAUCCGUACUUUGGUCCAUCUAACAACAUAUAUCCAGGCAUCUAUGCAAAUAACGUCAUGACAAGAACAGUAACUCAAGGAUCAUUUCUAAACGUGUCUGUGUUUGCUGAUCAAAAUCAGCUGGGUUAUUUCCGAUUUUAUCUAUGCCCAGACAUGAAUGGACAGGAAUAUAUUGACCUAGAUGAAUGUUUUGAUAAGCAUCCUCUACAGAUAUUGGACACGUUCUCCUCAACUUACUAUGUUGGUAGUGGUGGUGGUGUGUUUAAUAUGAAACUUAUUCUCCCAGUGAAUGUAUUUUGUCAACACUGUGUGCUCAAAUGGGCCUAUGUCACUGGUAAAGAGGGUCGGGAUCUGCAUUCUUGUCGCAAUUGUUUAGGUUGUGGUCCUCAAGAAACAUUUAUCAAUUGUGCUGAUAUAACCAUU